UUUGGGGCAGAUGGGGAUACGUUUGAGUUUGGCGCAGAUGGGGAUACGUUUGAGUUUGGCGCAGAUGGGGAUACGUUUGAGUUUGGCGCAGAUGGGGAUACGUUUGAGUUUGGCGCAGAUGGGGAUACGUUUGAGUUUGGCGCAGAUGGGGAUACGUUUGAGUUUGGCGCAGAUGGGGAUACGUUUGAGUUUGGCGCAGAUGGGGAUACGUUUGAGUUUGGCGCAGAUGGGGAUACGUUUGAGUUUGGCGCAGAUGGGGAUACGUUUGAGUUUGGGGCAACAGUGAGUGUGAGGCAGGGCAAGGAGGUGAGCACGAGCUACGGGCUGCGGGGCAACGAGGAUCUGCUGGAGGCGUAUGGCUUCGUGCUGCCGGGGAACAUGCUCGACCACGCCCCACUGCUGCCCUCGCCCUCUCCAUCCCCCUUUGGAGCCGACGGUACAACGUUUGAGUUUGGGGCAACAACUGAGGUAAAGAGGGGCGAGGAGGUGAGCACGAGCUACGGGCUGCGGGGCAACGAGGAUCUGCUGGAGGCGUAUGGCUUCGUGCUGCCGGGGAACAUGUUUGACAGUGCCCCCCUGCUGCCCUCGCUCUCCCACGCUGUUCACCUCGUUGCCGCUCUCGUCCACCACCAUAUGGAGCAGCCGCAAGUGGUUGGCAGAGAGGAAGCGCUGUACCAUGGAGGCUCACAGCAGCGAGGGAUCAAGCUGGCAGUGCAGCAGGAGGGGACAGAGGGGCAGAAGCUGCUGCGCGUGUGGGGGAGUGCUGGUGCUGGUGCUGGUGCUGGUGCGUGGCUUAUUGACGGUGGAGAGAGAAGCGGGGAGGAAGAACCUGAGCGCACGACUAUUCCGCUGCAUCGGCUGAAGCGGCAGCUGUGGCGGGUGGCAGCGAGGGCAGUGGAGGCCGUGGUGAGGGAGCGGGAGGAGGGAGGGAAGUUCUACAGCGCCGCGGAGAGCGGUGGCCCGCCGUUUGAGUUGAUGCAGCGGGUCAGGAGAGUGAGCGAGGUGGAGGAGAUAAUGGGGGGCGUGGAGGAGAGGACAGAGGCGGACAAGGAGGGCAGGGUGGGCGUGGCGGUGUGGGCGAGAGGGCUCGUGGAGCCCAAUCUCAUCGCUGCCCUUGCUGCUGUGUAUUACUACUUGCACUAUCGACGAGGUGCGAUCUCUGGCCGGACAGGUGAGGCGGGCAGGGAGGUGGGUAUGGGCGUGGCGGUGUGGGUGAGAGGGCUCGUGGAGCCCAAUCUGAUUGCUGCUCUUGCUGCUGUGUUCUACCAUCUGCAGUAUCAACGAGGUGCGUUCUCUGGCCCUUGCUGCGAUGUUCUACUACCUGCAGCAUGGAAAAGGUGGGGCUUUGGCUGUGGUACCACUGCUGUUUGCAGCACCAGACAGGUGAGGCGGACAAGGAGGCGAGGGUGGGCGAGAGGGCUCGUGGAGCCCAAUCUAAUCGCCGCUCUUGCUGCUGUGUUCUACUACUUGCAGCAUGGAAAAGGUGGGGCUUUGGCUGUGGUACCACUGCUGUUUGCAGCACCAGACAGACCCCCCUGCAGUGCUGACCAGCUCAGCAGUCUAUCUGGGGUGGGCCACCCCCCUGCAGUGCUAACCAGCUCAGCAGUCUACCUGGGAUGGGCCGUCAGCAACAGCACGUGCCGGUUCCUCUCCUCGCCCGCCCCUGACAUGCUGCCCGCCCUCCAAGCAGCGGCCGACACCGUUCGUCUGCUAGCGCAGGCGCGGCUGCAGCAGAUGCCGACCAGCAUAGAAGAGGACGAAGCGAUCCUGAGGGAGUUGGAGCGGUGCAAGAGCGGCGGGAAGAUGGGGGAAGGGGAGGGGGUGAAGGGUGGGAAACUGGGGAAGGAAGGAAAGAAGAAGCUAGCACAGAGGGAAGCCGAAGCGAUCCUGACGGAGCUGGAGCGGUGCGGGAAGAGGGAGGGGAAAGAGGAGGACGGGAGACGGGUGGGAAGGAGGGGAGAGGCAGAGGCAGAGGGAGCAAAGGAAGGCGAGGAGGUAGAAGAGAGGGGCGAUGAGGAGGAGAGGAGGAAAAGGGAGGACGAGGAGGUUGAGAGGGGUUGUGAGGAGUGGCGGACAGGAGGUGGUGGAGAUGGGGAGAGAGGGAGAAGCGGGGCAGGAGGGACACUCACAGGAGGGAGGCUGACAGGAGGGGGGUCGAGAAGAGGGAAGUUGAGAGGAGGGAGGUUGAGAGGAGGGAGGAUGGGAGGGGAGAUGAUGACAGCGAUGGGAGUGCGGUGCAGGUGUGCAGUGCUUCUGCCAGUGCUGGAUGAGAAGCUAACAGCGAUGCAGUUCCGGUUGAGCAGGAAGCGAGUGCUGCAGGGCGUGAUGACCCGCCUGGAGGCUGCCUGCCCUCCCACUGACAGCCCGGUUUCAACUUAG